AUGAAUGUUUUAGGGCUGAGUCUGGUGUUAGCUUCACUCGCUGCAGCGGGCAUUUUCUCUCCAAGUGCCACCCCAGACACGCAGCAGCAGCAGAAGCAAGGAGCGAGCACCAUUUUCAAAGAAGGCCACAGAGUUGUGGUUGUUGAAUACGACCAAGAUGGCCAUCAGAACACAAAAAUCUCAAUCUCUCCAGAACAACCCACCCAUCAUGACGCAAAAGAGCUCAUUUGCGAUGCCUAUGGAAAAUGCAAGCACAAGAUAGCCGACGCAAUGGACAAGACCAAGGACAAGGCUCAAGAGGCCAUCCACAAGAAGAAGGAUAUGAUUGCUGCCAACAAGGAGGCUGCACGCCAAGUUGGUGACACUGUUGCCGAUGCACUUGGAAAGGCUAAGGAAACGGUGUAUGAUAAAGCCCAUGAUGUCCAGGAACACACCAAAGAGACUGCAGAAAUAUUAAAGGAGCAUAUAGUUAAUAACAUUUCAGAAGCUAGGGACACUUUGCGGGACGCCAAAGACGCAAUGAAGCGUGUUGCGUGCAGUUUAGGAUCCAUGGAGACCCUCGGUUCUGUGAUGGGGGUGGCUAGUUUGCUGGGGUUUGCCACGGCUUAUGGGAUGUGUGUGUGGAUUACGUUUAUCUCCAGCUAUGUGUUGGCCAGGGCUAUGCCAAGGCAACAAUUUGCAGUGGUGCAGAGUAAAAUUUACCCCGUUUAUUUCCGGGUUAUGGCUUAUAGUAUUGGGAUCGCUUUGUUGGGCCAUGUCUUAGGCCAUCCAAAGAGACUGCUUCUCAACAAGGCUGAAGCAUUGCAAGCUUAUAACCUUUUGGCCUCGCUUUUCACUGUUUUCGUCAAUUCUCUUUACUUGGAGCCUCGGGCCACUAAGUUGAUGUUCGAAAGGAUAAAAAUAGAAAAAGAAGAAGGAAGAGGCAGAACGGAUCUGAGGGGUGAAGGUAGUAGAACGGAAGAGCCUCAGCAAGCAGCUGAUCCUAAAGAACCUUCCACAACCACGCAGAGGACAGAUGAGGAUGCAGUGAGAUCAAGGAUAAUCAAGCUGAAUGACAAACUGAAGAAAUUGAAUUCAUAUUCCUCACUCCUAAAUAUCCUCAAUCUCAUGUCUCUUACUUGGCAUCUGGUUCAUUUGGCACACCGUGUUCACCGUACUUGCUAA